GGGGUAGCGGUCCGUGGUGACGUCACAGACUGGUUUCUGCUGCUUUGGGCCGCAGUUCGCCGAGGAGGACUACACAACCCCGAACUACUCCACGACUCCUGCUACAGAUCCCCAGCAGCAGACGGACAAACAGCCUUAAAAUGGGCAACUGUCAACCCACAAUUGUGCCCUAUGAGGAGUUUGAUGUCGUGGCUGACAUUAAAGGCAUCCGCAAAGCCUGCAAAGGGUUCGGAACCGAUGAACAGGCCAUCAUUGACAUCCUGGCAAACCGCUGUUCAUUUCAGCGUCAGGAAAUUAAACAGGCCUAUUUUGAUAAGUAUGAUGAUGAGUUGGUGGAUGUGUUGAAGAAAGAGCUGUCGGGGAGCUUCGAGAACGCCAUCCUCGCCAUGCUGGACCCGCCCGUCAUCUACGCCGUGAAGGAGCUGAGGAAGGCCAUGAAGGGAGCGGGCACCGACGAAGACGUCCUGGUGGAGAUCCUCUGCACCGCCACCAACUCUGACAUUGCCCUGUUCAAGGAAUGCUACUUUCAAGUGCAUGAACGCGAUCUUGAUGCCGAUAUCGAGGGAGAUACGAGCGGGGAUGUAAGAAACCUUCUCAUGGCCCUUUUGGAGGGCAACAGAGAUGAGAGUUACGAGGUGGAUGAGGAUCUGGCUGAACAAGAUGCUACCGCCCUGUUCGAGGCUGGCGAGGGUUGUUUUGGCACAGAUGAGUCCACUUUCACCCACAUCCUGGCAACCAGAAAUUACUUGCAGCUCCAGGCCACGUUCAAGAUAUAUGAGCAGCUCUCUGGAACUGAAAUCCUGGAUGCCAUUCAGAAUGAGACUUCUGGGACACUGAAAAAAUGCUACAUUGCUCUGGUAAGAGUUGCUAAGAACCCUCAGCUCUACUUUGCCAGACGUCUGCACAACGCGAUGAAAGGAAUGGGAACUGAUGAGGACACCCUCAUCCGCAUCAUCGUGUGUCGCUCUGAGUAUGAUUUGGAGACCAUCAAAGACAUGUAUCUGGAGAAGUAUGACGUGUCUCUGAAGGACGCCCUGAAGGACGAGUGCAGUGGUGACUUUAAACGCCUCCUCCUGGCCAUCUGCCACUGAAAGUUUGAGAGUUUCAAAGCAGAGUGGACGUGGACAACCGAGGCAGAGACAGCAGAGUAUGUUUGUACUGAGGGCACUGCUGUUUUCUGUCUAACAAACUAAUACUACUCAGUCUCUUCAUGUGACAUUAUGUAGGGAGCAGGAGGGUGGAAAUGAUCAAAUAUUUCACCUAGCUCAUAUCUUGUCCAAACUCUGAGUUUUUCCGUAAAUUUGGAUGGCUCUCUUUUUAAACUUUUUUCCACAGACAUGAAUUACAAAAUUUGCAUUGAGCUGAAUUUACUCAUCUGUCUGUGAAACUACAGUUUCAAUAGGUUACUGCCCAUUUCUUAGUCAGUUUGUAGCUCCAGUUCUUAACACCUUUACCAGCAUUGACACAGUUAAAGUCACUGUAAACAAGCACCAAGAUUUAUACAUUUCCAGGAGAAAACUCAGUCACACUGAUGUAAUUACACAGUGUGAUUUGAUCAGGUGGGUUGAGGCUUGGUAGGAUAAUCACAUUGUCAACACAAGACAUGUUUGUACACUGGGGGAAAAAAUUGGCUACAGACUCAGUAUGUCUUUCUGCUGCUGCAAUUACCAAUGUUAUUAACAGCAUUACAUUAUUACCAUUUUGUAAGUAUUACAUUGUUUUAGAUCAAAUUAUUCUUUAUGCAUGUUUGAUUUUUUUCCCCCCAGGGCCGUUACCUUUCACCCUCCAUGCCCCAAAAUCAGUGACAGUUAUUUUACUGCUGUUAUAACUAAUGUAAUCACUCCAUAUGGCUUGAAGUUGGUCCCUAUGAAUGAAGGAAUGUGAAAGUUUGUAAUGAAGGAAUAUUAGUUUGUAUCAUGAUGGCUAUGCAAUGUUAUGUGAAUGGAUUUGUCUGGAUUUUCCUCACAAAAUGAUUCGCAGAAGAGAAUAUAUAUUUUAUCAGUUGCUUAUUGAAAGAAACUAUAUAUUGAUUUACAAUAUGUUGCAUUUUUAUCCUAUACUACAACUAGAAAAACUUGACAAAUCCAAAUUACACCUCAACUUGUCAUAUUUUUUUUGUAUUUUAUGACUAACACAGUAGAGUGUUUAACAUAUAACAUUAUUUAGUUUACUGUUUCAGGUAUGCCAGAAGGUAUAUGAGAAGAAACAUGUAAAAUUUAACACCUGGACUGUCUGAUGUCUCUUUGUGUGUGUCUCUAUAAGGCAGCUGAGAUUUGCUCAAAUGACCACUAUUGUAAACAUUUUGCUGAGUAGAUACAGUCCAUCAACAAGGGCAUCAGUUGGGUCAUGGGACUAGUGUUUGUCUCUCUGUAGCCAAAGAAGUUUAGUGUAACUGCAAUUAAAGUUCCCUGUAACAUCA